AUGGUGCAAAUAUUUGUGCCAAAACAAAUGAAGAAAAUACAGAAAACUCUAACAUUUCAAGACGUUCAAGAAGAUUUUUUAAAAUCGUUAAAAUCUUUUGGAGAUAUCGACAACAAGGAUUUUGAAGAUGAUAUUUACAUGCAGCUGUUUUUUUAUGCUGUUCUUUCCAACAUGAAAUAUAUGACAGUACUGUUCCUUCACUAUGGAGGCCAGACGUUAGCAAAGAUCUUAAUGGCAAAUAAAUUGUACGGUAAUAUAAAAGAAUUUUAUCAAAACAACAAAAACACGGAAGAAAAAACAUUGGUGUUCCGUCUCAACAGAAACGAACAAUACUUUGAAAGUCUGGCUUUAAGCAUGCUGAACGAAUAUUCACAAGAGCAAGAACUAUUUACAAGAAGAGUUCUUUGCCAGGAAUUGGAAAACUACGGUUCUAAAUCUUGUCUUGCACUUGCUGCCUCGACAGACCAUAUUGACUUUGUAGCUCAUGAUACAUGUCAGAUAAUGUUAACAGAGAACACAUGGUGUGGAAGAAUAGUGUUGAAAGGUGACUCGUGGCUUAUGCAUGGCUUACAGGUGGUUUCGUGCUUAGUCCCUCCAUUAUUUUUGCUUCUGGAGUACAAAACUCGAGAGAUGGAAAAAGUUGAAGGAAAAGCUAAAAUUCAUUACGAAUCUAAUCAACUUCGAUCAAAAUUAAAAAGUUAUCGCCAAGAGAAAGAGACUUACUCGGAUAAAACCAAAGAAACUUUGUCACGUGUUUACUACAAAGGAAGAUAUUUCUACGAAUCUCCAAUAACAAAAUGCGCUGUUAACGUGGUGUCCUACUUUAUAUUUCUUGGAUUCUUCGCCUUCGUUUUGACUCACAAACUGGAAAAGAAAAUCAAAUUCUCCGAAUGGAUUGUUGGACUGUAUAUCAUUGCUUUUAUUUUUGAAGAAAUCAGACAGAUAAUUCAAGCUCCUGUUGGACGAACAUUAACUCAAAAGCUAAAGAAUUAUUUUUCGUCAUUCUUGAAUAUUUUGGACGUUAUUGCGCUGACGCUUUUCAUCGUCGCGUUCAUUUUACGUUCGUACACGGACAAAUUAAUUGAGACACGUCUGCUGUACGCCGCUGACAUUUUUUUCUGGAUCAUCAGACUGUUGAGUGUGUUUUCAAUUAGUCCUGAGUUAGGACCAUAUGUGGAAAUGAUUCGAAGAAUGAUUGUUGAUUUGUUAUACUUCGUGUUCGUAUUAGCAGUCUUCCUGUUAGCAUACGGCAUAGCAAGGUUUGCCAUAUUAUCUCCAAUGAAUAAUUCCACCUUAAGAGCUGUGACAGCGAUUUUUUCGGUGCCGUACAAACAGAUGUACGCAGAUUCAUUAGAUGAAGUCGUUAUGAAAGCUCCAUCUGGUUUGACAGUGUUCAACAUGGACUAUUCCACAUUAGUGAUACCAAUUGCAAAAAUUCUGAUGGCUGGAUACACUUUACUAGCAGCGGUCUUGUUACUGAACCUUUUAAUCGCUAGAUUCAGUUACAUCUACGAUGGCGUUCAAGGUGAUUCGAGAAAGAUUUGGAAAUUCAAUCGAUAUUUUACAAUGCAAGAGUACCAGAACCGCUCUGCAGUUCCUCUACCAUUCUCUUUGUUCCCAAACAUUCAUGUCCUCGCCACGACUUUCUUGAACUCAAAAUGUUUGUCUCGACCUAAAAAGACCAGUGAUUUUACAAUAGACGAACAAGAUGAAUUGUUUGGUUUUGAGAGAGAAUGUCUGAUAACUUGUUUGAGUAUGGAAGAAGAGCAAAAACAGUUGCGAAAACAAGAAAAAGAACAAAAGAAGAAUCGUGAACGUCUCGAGAAAAAAGAAAAGCAAGAUGAACUACAUCCAGAACUUACGUCGAGACUAAACUUAAUCGAAGAUCAGUUGAAAGGAAUAAUAAUGAAGGAACCUGAAGGAGAUACGCGUAAAAGGCUUGCAUCUGCAUGUGACUUUCAUACUACUCUGAAAGCAGAUGUACAUUAUCCUUUGACAGAUACAAAAAGAGUAUUCGUGAAUGAAGAAAAUAUACCUUGGGAGGUUGAAUUUGAGGAUUACAAACCAAACACUCCAAAGACAUUCUUUCCAUCAAAUGAUACAGAUUCUGAUCAUCCACGCAAUCCUCGCGGUAGAACUGGUGUUGCAGGAAAAGGUUUGCUUAAAACAUUCGGACCGAACGAAAUCGUGGAAACACUUCUCACAAGAUGGAAACCAGGUUUGACCGGUAUUGAGAUCGGAAGUAGUGGUUUAAAAAUCCUUCAAGUUCUUGUCGUGAAAGAAACAAAAUCUGGCACCAUCAACAUUCCAAUUGGACCUGUAACAAAAUGUGAAUCGCACCGUCAAGAAGAACUGAUACCCCCAAUACUGAGCGCACUCUUUCACGUCGAAGUUUUAAGUGAUAAGGGUCUUUGGCUUGAUGAUGAAAGAAAGAGCAGUUAUGCCGAACGUUGUCAAGAAAUACUAAGUCAUGGACUUGAGCUAUACAACGGUCCAAUUGAAGAUCCCCGAAACACAGAUGAGGCUUGGAUUGAGAGUGUUGUGAUUAAUUAUCAUGAUCAAGAUGGCAGAGUGAUUUCAAAGUAUUUGGAAAGUAAAUUGGCAUCACAGCUUAAUUUAGAAUGGAUGGAUGUAUCGACGCGAAUUCCACUCGGAUGGCGAUAUAUAGAUUACUUGAAAAAGAUCGCUAUGCAUUGUAAUGCACAGUUUUAGACAUUUUUUUAUUUUUUUGUUAAUAUUUUAUAUUAUUUUUUAUAGUAUUAUUUUUUGUUACAUAUCCACAACAAGAGAAAACCCUUUUUAAUCAAGUUUUGUAAAAAAUUAUUCGUCAAAAGUACUAUCCCUAGACGAUUUCUGAAAAAUUAAUCUUAUUCAGAAAUUUCUUCUUUUAUGUCAGAUGUUGUAAAUUGUGUUUUGAACAGUUACCAGAUUGAGCUGGUGGUUUUUUUUAGUUUGUACUUGACUUUUUUUUAAAUAUUAAAAGUUAAAAAUGUUAGUUUUUCUUGCUAAAGUUACAAUAACCUUGGCACGAUAUCAAAGUAACCAGUGAUGUUCAACUGAUGCAGCAUUGCCAUGCGCUUUUGUUUCCGU